AUGGGGCGGGGGAGGCGUUACAUCCAGCUCACCCAGUGCCGUUGCAUCGGCUAUGUCAUUGUCGGAAUCUUCUGUCAGGCCGCAUGUCAGUUGGAGCCGAAGGAGAGGAGAGCUAGCGGCGGACUGGCUGCCAAGCAAAAUGCAAAUGUACGCUUUGAGGAGUUGAACAUCUCCUGUGCUGUAUCUAACAGACCUCUUCCUAUUGACCUUGCCAUGAAUAUAAUCAUGUUUGGAGCAGUAGCACUUACAGUGGGAGGUAAUCUUUUAGUGAUUGUUUCAAUCACUCACUUCAAACAGCUUCACACCCCAACCAACUUUCUCAUAUUAUCCUUGGCAGUUGUGGACUUCCUCCUUGGACUAUUAGUGAUGCCGUAUAGCUCGGUGAGAUCCGUAACUUCAUGCUGGUAUUUUGGAGAAAUGUUUUGCACACUACACAGCUGUAUUGAUAUGACAUUGUGUACAUCCUCCAUAUUCCACCUCUUCUUCAUUUCUGUGGACCGAUACUUUGCAGUAUGUCACCCUCUUCAUUAUUAUAGGAAAAUAACAAUAUCGGUAGUUGAAGUCUGUUUACUGAUUAGCUGGACCAUUCCAUGUGUGUAUUCAUUUGGCCUUGUUUUUUCCAAUGCUAACAUGGAAGGUUUGCAAGGGAGUGAACCUCCACCAGAUUGCUGUGAUUCAUGCUCCCUUGUUUUUAACAAACUAUGGAGCAUAAUCACCUCAUUUUUUUGUUUCUUUUUCCCAGGUAGCCUCAUGAUUGGAAUUUACUUACGUGUUUUCUCUGUUGCAAAAAAACAAGCCAAGGCGAUUAAUAACCAUUCUAAUUCUACAAGUGAAAAAAACAACACUAAGAAUAGAAUGUCAAUAAAAGUAGAAAGUAAAGCGGCAAGGACACUAAGCCUCGUGAUGGGGGUCUUCAUACUGUGCUGGAUGCCUUUUUUUGUUACAACUAUAGCUGAUCCUUACCUUAAUUUCUCAGUAUCGGUUGAUUUUUAUAAUGUUGUAUUAUGGCUUGGUUAUUUUAAUUCUGCACUUGAUCCUAUUAUCUAUGCUCUAUUUUAUCCAUGGUUUAAAAAAUCAUUUAGGAUCAUACUUUCAGGUAAAAUAUUACACACCGGGUCUUCUUCCAUCAAUGUGCUGGCUAAACUGUGA